AUGGCCGGGGUCAACUGGAGUACAGAGGGGUGCACCUACAACAGAGUGAACAGAGAGCUUGCACAGGAGUUGUCCGAACAGUUUGCCAGUCUGGAGAGCCAAAGUUCCAUGUCCCUCCAGGAGUGUCUUCGACUGCUGGAGGACACCUUUCCCUUAAGUCAGGAAUCACAGCUGUCCGAAGAGGAGGGCCUGGAUAUGAGAGGGGGCGGGGUGGAGCAUCCCUCCCCAGGUAGAGAGCCUCUCCUGUCCCCCCUUUUGACCCACGAGGACCCCCUGCUGGACCUGGAGCAACAGUGGCAGGACCUGCUGGCCAUCAUGGAGCCUGAGGACAUGGAUGUCGAUGCUGCUGUGGCCACCCCCUUCCUGGGCAGUGGCUCCGACGACACCACUCCUGCAGAGCCCCGUCCCAACCCAGUUCAGCAGGACGUGAGCCUUCACCAGGCCUCCCUGCCCGCAGACCCCGAGGAGGGCUCCGGGCCCCUCAGAAGCAGCGGUGACCCCCAGGAGCCCCCUCACCCCGCCCAGCCGGCCCUGCUCACCCUGCCCCCCAGCACCCCUGACAGCGUCAACAUCAGCGCCCACGCCAGAGACCCCGUGGCCAACGGGACGACAGGUGACCCCAUGACCUCUGACCUCUUCCCGGAGGAGGACCCGGCCCUGCCCAGCCCGCUGGCCUCCCUCCUGGACGACAGCACCAUGUUCGAUGAGAUCAGCCUGCUGGCGCUGGCUCUGGAGGAGGGCUUCAGCCCAGCGCUGGCCUCCCGUCUGGAGGACGAGCUGGACUCGGACUCCGGCCUCUCCCUGAACUUCAGCCACGUUCCGGCCUCCCCCAGCUCGUCUGAAGCCUCCUACUCCUCCUCCUCCUCUUCCUCCUCCUCGGCCUCCACGGUGGCUAGCCUCUUCUCUGAGGAGGGGGCGGUGGGCUACAGCUCUGACGUGGCGGCGGAGGGGGAGGAGGAGGGCGGCUUCUCCACAGACCUCAGUAAGAUCUCCCCCCUGAGCUUCCGGGACCCCGAGAGCUUCAACCGCCUCCCUUGGCUCCAACACGUCGGCCACGACCACACCUACAACCAGCAGCGGCCCGCCGCGGCCAAGACCCAGAAGGGCCUCCGGCCGCAUCUCGCCAAACCCUACGAGCACGACGCCUCGGACAGGAUGUGGGGCCGCGACGAGCGCCGGGCCCGCGGCCUGAAGAUCCCCUUCUCCAACGAGCGCAUCGUCAACCUGCCCGUGGAAGAGUUCAACGACCUCCUGGCCGAGCACCGCCUCACCGACGCCCAGCUUACCCUCGUCCGGGACAUACGGCGCCGGGGCAAGAACAAGAUGGCAGCGCAGAACUGUCGGCGCCGCAAGCUGGACGUCCUGGUGGACUUGGAGGCGGGCGUGUCGGGUUUGCGGCGCCACCGCGCCCGCCUGCUGAGGGAGAAGACGGAGGCGCUGCGCUCCAUCCAGGCCAUGAAGCAGCGAGUCAGCGGCCUGUACCAGGAAGUGUUCUCCCGCCUCCGGGACGACGAGGGAAGGCCGUUGGCCGCCGCGGAAUACGCGCUCCAGUUCGGGAGCGACGGCCGUGUUUUGGUGGCCCAGCGCCGUCAGGGUUCGGCCGGCGAGCCGAACCGCAGACCGAGCAAGAAACAGGAGCGCAGGAAGAAGUGA